AUGGAAAGUAAUGCAGUUUUACUGGAAUCCAAGUCCUCUCCUAUCAACCUUCUGAAUGAAAUGCAUCAGCUGCGUCUCCUGGGCCACCUCUGCGACGUGACUGUCAGCGUGGAGUACCAAGGCGUCAGGGCAGAGUUUGUUGCUCACAAGGCUGUAUUGGCAGCAACAAGCAAAUUUUUCAAGGAGGUGUUCCUUAAUGAGAAAGGCAUGGAUGGCCCAAGGACCAACGUGUUCUUGAAUGAGGUCCAGGUUGCUGACUUCGCGUCCUUUCUUGAGUUUGUCUACACUGCUAAGGUAGAAGUGGAAGAAGACAGAGUGCAGCGUAUGCUAGAAAUAGCCGAAAAGCUGAAGUGCUUGGACCUCUCGGAAACCUGCUUUCAAUUAAAGAAGCAGAUGCUUGAAUCGGUGCUGUUGGAGUUGCAAAACUUCUCUGAAUCACAGAACUCUGAGGAGGAGAGCGCUACCCAGCCAAGCAUUUUGCUCGAGUCCAAAGCAGCUGCUGUGGCAGAAGCUGACCAGGCAGACUGUCCUCUGGCUCCUCCAGAUUCCCCAGUAGACAGUGGAGUGUCUCCUGAGACGCCGGCUACCAAAUCAAAAGAGAAAAUGGACAAAAAGAAGGAAAUGAUGAAACCUCCUUAUGCCAAAAUCAGAAGGGCAAGCGGGAGACUCGCUGGGAGGAAGGUAUUUGUGGAAAUCCCAAAGAAGAAAUACACGAGGCGGCUGCGAGAGCAGCAGAAGAAUGCAGAGGUUGCUGUUGAAGAAGACAAAUAUCCUCAGGACCAGGAUAUGUGUGAUGCAGAGAGGGAGGAGGAGCAAGCAGAGAGCAACAUCAAACCUGAAAGCGAAGAAUGUGAUGGCAACUUUGAAUCGGAAGAAAACCUGAAAAAAUCCGAAGAGGAUAAAAAGAAACGAGGCAGUAACUUCAAGUGCAGCACAUGCGAGAAGGAAUUCCUGUACGAGAAAAGUUUUCUCAAGCACAUAAAGCACAGCCACGGCAUUGCAGCCGAAAUCGUUUAUCGGUGUGAAACCUGCAGUCAGACCUUUGCCAACCGGUGCAACCUAAAAAGCCACCAGCGCCAUGUCCACAGCAGCGAGCGCCACUUCCCUUGUGAGCUCUGCGGUAAGAAGUUCAAGAGGAAGAAGGACGUCAAGAGGCACAUUCUCCAGGUUCAUGAGGGUGGUGGGGAGCGUCAUCAGUGCCAACAGUGUGGAAAGGGGUUGAGCUCCAAAACUGCCUUGAGGCUCCAUGAAAGGACGCAUACAGGCGACAAGCCUUAUGGGUGCACAGAGUGUGAGGCUAAAUUUUCUCAGCCUUCUGCACUUAAAACACACAUGAGAAUCCAUACUGGUGAAAAACCUUUUGUCUGUGAUGAAUGUGGUGCCAGGUUCACUCAGAAUCACAUGCUUAUAUAUCACAAACGAUGUCACACGGGCGAAAGGCCUUUUAUGUGUGAAACGUGCGGGAAGAGCUUUGCCUCUAAGGAGUACUUGAAACACCACAACAGAAUCCAUACUGGAUCCAAACCAUUCAAAUGUGAAGUUUGCUUCAGGACGUUUGCGCAGAGGAACUCGCUUUACCAGCAUAUAAAAGUUCACACAGGUGAGCGACCCUACUGCUGUGACCAGUGUGGUAAGCAGUUCACGCAGCUGAACGCGCUGCAGCGUCACCAUCGAAUACACACCGGGGAGAAGCCGUUCAUGUGCAACGCCUGCGGGCGAACGUUCACCGACAAGUCCACCCUCCGACGGCACACUUCGAUACAUGAUAAAAACACACCCUGGAAGUCUUUCCUCGUCAUUGUUGAAGGAGCAUCUAAGAAUGAUGAAGGUCACAAAACAGAGCUUCCUGAUGAAGAAUAUGAUGUGUCACCUAAAAUACCAGAGAAGCUGCUGUCUUUCUCUGAAAACGGCCACUAUCAAAACUUGACUGCUGUCGCAGGGAGUGUGACUGCGCUGCAUGACAACGGCUCUGCCCCGGGAACAGACUGUAAGUCAGAUGGGACUCCGGGACCCCAGGAAGCCCUUAUAGCUACCACUUUAAGUGAGCUGACAGUGCUACACACGCAGACAGACUCUAUUCAGCCACAGCUUCAUGCUCUGGUGAACAUGGAAUAACUUGGCAUUUACAAAUCCAGUUUAAGCUGCACCCUCUGUAUAGUCUUUGACUUUGCCAAUAACCUCCUGAGGGAACUAGGGGAAACUAUUACAAGGAAGCAGGGCUAGAUGUGCA